CUAGUCGAGUUAGUACGACUCGUGACGUCGCGGUAGUUGGCUGUUCGUUUCUUAGUGUUCGCGAUAUCGUCUCGUCGGCGAUGUGACCGGUUUUGAAAGUGACGUGCGAUUUUUCGUACACAUUAUUACGCGUUUCGAAGCGGUCGAUGGUUUACUGGUACGACGAUAAUUUCAAGUUCGUUAAUGUAAACGCGGGGAACGCGAGAUACGUCCUUGCUAGAAAAUUUUGGCGUCACGUUCCCCUCGCGAGGAUUCCAUCACCCACUUACACGACCGGCUGUAGCUCUCGAAAGGAUCUUCCGGAAUACAUCGCCGUUCGUUCUUUUGUUCGUUCGAUAUCCGUCGAUGUCGUUGCAACAUCUUAAGUGCAACGACGAUUCUCGUGGAUCUUUGGUUACGCGUUCGGAGUGCGGGAACGAUAUUACGAAGCGACAUUCGAACACGUUCGGUUGUCUCAAUUAUUCGUGCUUCUAGUUGGAUGGUCAGUGUUUAACGGCGUGUCAAGCGACCGGCUAAUUAAUUGCUCGUUGUACGAUCGGAGCGACUGACAUUCGUCCCGAACGUUUAGGCAGGAGGCGUUGCUGUUACAUAGGCACCUAAAAAAACGGCAUUACGGCCUGAAGUUGACGCAUUGGCGAUCGCGCGCGCGCGCGCCUGAUCGGUUACUCCAGUGUAAAAGAAUUUACGUCGUUAGGUCGAAUUACAAACGCGAGUCCUGCGGCGAAAGUGAGCAACGGGUUGAGUGUACUAGUCCAUGAGAGUGGAUCGCAAAUAGGGAACAGAAACGCGGAGGCGUGUUCUCUCGACGAGAGUCUCACGGAAUCGGAGUGCUUCCAAUCGAGGACGAAAGAAAGAAGGCCGGUGAAACAUGUCGAGGCUGCUGAAAGGCGAACCGACGGGCGGUUAUAUCAUUGACUCUAUCGUGGAUCGUCGAAUGUAUUAACCGGCCGCAAAUGACGCGCAUCGUGGCGUGAACGAAGAGAAGAAAGAGACGGUGGCGGAGGACGAGCACACUGGACACGUUUCGGAUUUAAACGGGGGAACAGUUUUCUGAUCUAGCCAAAGAAAGAAAAGCAGGCCAGGCGUCGUGCCUCCCACUGCCUACCGGAAGUCAUAUGCCCAUACACACGCGGAAAACGGUAAAUCAUCGUAGAAGCCAUCGGCUAUAACGAGCGUACACGUUUAUUUUGCAUUGGACCGAAGCACGCCUGCCCCCUUCACCUCUGUCUGUUUUGUUUUGCUUGGUUCGCCUACCGUCAUUGUUUCGCCUUUAUUUGAGCGUGCAGCUUGCGAGGAAAUCGAAAUGGUCGAGCUGUGCGGAAGCGGACAACCGACUUCAGCGAUGGGAGUGAUGGGGAUCGGUUCGGUGGUGUCCGCGGCAACGUCGUCCUCGUCUUCGUCGACGACGACUACUGCAGCCUCAUCCUCGGCGUCCGGACGCGCGGGCGUUUUAGAAACGCAAGUUCGUGGUCAGUGGUAUCGCGUGUUCGUCUCGUUGGAGGACGAUUAUCUGAGCAUCUCCUUGGACGAGAGUUGCGAGACGAGCAACAAUGCCCUCAACAACGGUAACAUAAACAACAACAACGUAGACAGCCUGAACGAUCCGGACGUGCCGGACUCGGUGGCCAAUCAGAAACGUAUCGUGCGCGUGGUGAAAAGCGACAACAACGGCCUCGGGAUCUCGAUCAAGGGUGGCAAAGAGAAUAAAAUGCCGAUUUUGAUCUCGAAGAUCUUCAAAGGGAUGGCUGCGGACGCUACCGAGCAACUAUACGUGGGCGACGCUAUUCUGGCUGUAAACGGGGAAGAUCUGCGCGAGGCGACUCACGAUGAGGCGGUGAAGGCGCUCAAGAGGGCUGGAAAAGUCGUCGAGCUGGAAGUGAAAUACCUGAGGGAAGUGACACCGUAUUUUAGGAAAGCUUCGAUCAUCCAGGAGGUUGGCUGGGAGCUGCAGCGUGGAUUCCUGAGUGCGACUCCUCCGCCUCCAAAGUCACCACCGCGAGCGGAUACACGUUAUCUGCCGCUGCAACUCUGCAGACUCACCAGGGCUCAUCCUUCCUCCGAUCCUGAGGGUCGAAUCCUGGAGCUGCAUUCCCCGGAUGGAGUGCACGAGUGCUGGUUAAGGGCCGCAGACAACGCGGAGGCGAGUGUGUGGUUCAACGCUCUGCACUCGGCGCUGGCAGCUCUCACUUUAAAGGCACUGCGACUGGCCUCCGCGCUUCCGGAUCCGCCGCAGCUUCAACACAUCGGUUGGUUGGCGAGGAGACACUGUCUUCAGAACGGACGUGCUAGCAGCGAGAGCAGCGAGGACGGAGCAGGAAGCAGCGCCAGCACCUCGCGAGGAGCCGGAAGUGGAUUCGCACUCGGUGGUGGAUGUACUGGUGGAUGGCGCAGCGUCUUCGGCGCCGUUUCCGGUCGGGAAUUGAGGCUGUACGAGUGCGCUCCUUGGAGUCCCGAAGCUUGGGCCUCGCCCAGCAUCACCUGUCCAUUGAUCGCUACCAGAUUGGUGUCGUCACCAGCGAGACAGAACGAGGCAGGAAGUAGCAGUAGCGGUGCGACGCAGCACGCGGCCACGUUCGCGGUGCGAGUGGGCACGAUCGACGGCGUCGUGACGCAUCAUCUUCGAGCCGAGACGCGAAGGGAUUUAGCUGCCUGGGCCAGGGCGAUCGUUCAGGGUUGCCACGCGGCCGCUCACUCGUUACGUGAAUAUACUGUUCGAUGCACGUGGCAAGGAAAGGCCUGUCAGCUGGUCGUGAACCACGAAGACGGUUUCGCGUUGUACGCAGCUGGAACCAGAGGCGUAGGAGGUAACGGAGUGAGUCCAAGCUCGUCUCCGACUCCUCUCUGGAGAAGGUCCUUUGAUAAACUGAAGAUGUCAGCGGACGACGGGGCGCGUCUACUGUGGCUCGACUUUGGCGGCGAGGAUGGCGAGAUUGAGCUGGACCUCGAGAGCUGUCCCAAGCCGAUCGUGUUCGUCCUCCACAACUUUCUCUCGGCGAAGAUUCACCGGCUUGGCCUGAGCGCAUAGGGGUACGAGGGGGCCCCCACGGAGGCCCCCGACCUGCCGCCCCACACCACCAGGUCCGUCACCAGCGUCUUCCUUCACUGAGCUCGUCGAAUUGCUCAGAAACGCGAGAAGGAAGAGAGAAAGGGGAGGAGAGAGGAAAAGAAGAGGGUGGCAGGCAGGAUACACAGGAACGAGGAAGAAAAAAUUAUUCGACAGACCAGAGGAAGAGACGCUCGCGAACUUGCACCUUCACUUUCCAUCCGGAAGUCGCGAUGUCCCUAUUGUAGGACAACUACGCUCUUCCAUAUUUCCAUUGAAACGACGACGAUUGUACGACGGUGUACGAGCGAGCUGUGCAGAUACUCUUCGUUACGAAAGACAGAAAGAAAGUAUAGGAUGGAGAGAAGAGUAGCGGAUUGAUCGUUAACUCGAAGCCAUCCAACGCGCGAUUUUGCCGGAAAGUUAUCCGAACACGCAACAAGUAGGCUAGAAGGAAGCGGAGGAAGGUCCGCUGCUGGGAGUCGUAACUAAUCAACGCGCCUAAGUAACCGAUUAAACCUAUCUACCUAAACUAAAGAACAAAAUGAAAAAAAAAACUGCUAUGUAACGAACGAAAGAGAACGAGAGAAAGAGAAAAAGAGAGAGAGAGAGAGAGAGAGAGAGAAUAAGAGAACGAGUGGGUGUAUUUAAGAGAAGGUGAAAGAAGUCUCUGAUCGAACGCUCGAUUUCGGAGAACCUUAGCAGAGAAAGCUAAUCAAUUACUGUCCAACCGCCGCCCGUUCGCUCUACCACGGAGGAUCGACUGACCCUGGGGCUUCGACCUCUCCUCCACGCCGCCGCGACAGACGAACUUCCUUCCUCCUGGGUAUAAAUAAAGAGGGAAGAAAAUGGAAAAGACGGAGGAAGGUUUGGAAGAACCGACGACCAAGUAAAGUUGUCGUAUCGUGGCUAAAAGUUUCGUAACGUCGAACGAAAGCGACUUUAAAGAGUUCGUGGACGUUGAUCUCCGCCGAAGUACCGGCUGAUGGCGAAACUUUCCGACGGCAGGCGUCUCCUUUUCAUCCCGCCCUUCGAUAUUUAUGUGGAUUUCGUUACGCGAGAACAGGCGCGAGUUAUUCGCCAUCGACUGGUACUACUCGUGUCUUGGAGUUCCUUCGAAGAAUGUAUCGCCUACGAAAAUUCGGCUACGCUCUGUUCGCGGUUGAAAGAAAAUGGUAUGUAUCGUGGAAAAUUUUGUAGAGGCGGAGAGGCGAAACGUGGAUCAACAGGGUCGAUGGAGCAACGGACGCGCGUUAAUAGUUGUUUUGUACGAUUCGUAUUCUUAACGCGAGUAAAUGUAAGAUGCCAAGAAACGUCGAUGUGUGUACUGGUUAGCCGCGACUCCUGUCGAUCUCGCCUAGUUCCUCGCGGAGAUAACUGACGGAUAAACGAAAGCCCUCGCUUCCAUUCGUCGCUUCCAUCUCACCUCUGUUUGCUUCGAAUUAUUUCGAUCCUCUCUCUUCAUAAACUUAAGCCAUCCUUCAGCUUGCAACAUCGAAGUUUCCCAUCAGAGAGGGAACUCUCGAACUGUAAAUAAACCGUCGUCGUGUAACUCAUCUAAUGCCCUAGUUUCAAUAUCCGUCGUACGAUCCGCGGGUACCGCGUGAACCCAACAACAAACCCGUGGCUUUGAACAACCAAACGUCUGAGAACAAAGGUUGAAGAUCGCCCAGACAAGGGACGAAUUGCCAUCGAAAGGCCGAGUUAUCCCACGAGGUGGGCGUGAAUCGACGGUGAAACGGCGGAAUUAUUCGCAUUACGAGUACCGCUGCGAAUUAUCGAUGCCGAGAGAGAUAUGAGUGUUGUCCGUAUAAGAGUCGAGCAUUCCUUUUCAUCCGUUCUAUAGAGGAGAGAUAUAAUCGGCGACGAUCGUCGAGGAGAAAAGGUUGGUCGAAGGAGGCCGUGCGAUAAUAAGAAUUUCGACGUUAAGUAGAACAUAUCAACGAAGCCACGUACCAUUGAUUGUGUCCGUUUCGUCGUAUGCCAUUGUCGUUCCUUUCGCGGUGAAACGAGUCAGAGCAGAUGUAUUUAAAGGAGGAAGAUUGGUUUCUUGUCGCUUGGCAAUCUGUUCUCGCGUUUGUAUAUAGAUACAGCGAUCAGACGAAGAAUCGUGACAUCGACGAUGGGCAGAUAGCACAAAGUGUCCGCGUUUAUUCGAUCUUAUAAGAAAGUUGAAGGGUUGUUUAGCGUAAUACGAAGCUCUCGUGAGUCGAUUGUGUGUUGUAGAUUUUUCGUGUGAAUGAUACGUACGGUCACGAAACGACGCGAUUAACCUCGACAUGAUCGCUCGUGAUCUAACGUGGAUCGUUGGACCUGAGGUUCGGUAUUAAAGAGAAAUCGCGACGAUUUGGGAAAACACGCGAAUCCACGCUUAUUGUCGAUAAUAGCCGCAAGGUGAAACGAUCGUUCACGGGCUUAAUAAAUACCGGCGCUUGUCAAAGUGGUUGGUCAUGGACAGCAUUUAACGCGUUAAAACGAUCGGCAGGAACACGAGGAUCCGACAGACUGACCCGGAUAAACCGCAUUACCCGUACGAUCAACGAUUCGACCCAGUUUUUACCACAAUUUCGUAGCAAUUACCGAAAUUGGCUGAAACGCGACGGAGAACUCAAUUUCACAGGCGUGUCAUAGUGAAUCACCAGGGGACGACGAUCGCCCAUGACACAUCGAGAAACGAAGAUAAAGAGAUCGCUGGUGGUUUCGUCGCGGGUCCGAGCGAAAUUAUAAAUAAAUCGAAAUAAUUUGAACGAAGCUCAAAUUUGCUGCGUUUAUCGCGGUUAAAUGCGGAAAUCGGCUUGAAACGCGAUCCUGGUACUAGGAUUCGUCUGUCAGAUUUUGAGCAUAAUGAGAAACGAGGCCGUCUCGUUGGUUCGAAACGGGCUACCUCCCUCCCCGCGUGGAAAUUAACGAAAGUAGAAAAACCUGUAAAUGAGCGAACAUGUCGGGCGAAUUAAUCGAACGAUUUCGUCGACAGAGAGAAUCCUGCGAAAGGAACCCGAGAACGUAUUUACACAUACACACACCGGCACGUAUACACACACAAACAGAGAAACACGUACACCCGCCUAGGGAACGAGGUAAACGUCAUUAAACGCGAGAAAUAAGUUCGCAACAUCGACGAGAAUUAAUUCAGUUUGAAAGGAUUUGCGCGUAAACUGUGUAUUUUUCUAAUGAUUUUUGGGCGAAGCCAGUCGCUAGGCUCGUUCUUCGUUUUUUGAUUGUCCUUCUUUUUCUUUUCUUCAUCGCCCUCCCAAAACCAUCGAUAGGAGUGAAACGGGACACACGGUCCUCCUGCGUUUUCAUUUCUCUCUAGGUUUAAGGACGUUAACGUGUAUAUCUAUGAGUUACCAAAUAAAUGAGACGGUUAGAAAA